UAAAAACAAGUUGAGUCUUCGACCCCAUUGCUGCUGUAGUAAAAACAACAUCCAGCGAUACACAGUCUAUAAAUGUUGACGUGUCCAUAUUUAGGCUUAUGAAGGUGUACUUCAUAGAACACUGUAGGAUACAGGGAAGGUGUGUGCGGGGGUCACGUUUGAGGUGGAAAAGUUGACGGUUUAGUUCAGCACAGAGGAAGUAACCACCAAAGCUACUUAUUGAGGAGUGCGCUGCUCUGUUCCUAAACUUUAUUCAGGUUGUAUGCGGGACAGGACAGUGUUAUACUCAACUGAAGUUUUUUGGGGGGCAUCCCACUUUUUUUGGAGGAGAGUUUCCCUUCAUUUUUUUGUUUGUUAUUGUCUAUCAAAAACAUAUUAGGCUACUGAGCAUUUGCAUUUGAAUUUUAAGAGGUGCAGCUUCCGCUGACGAAGAUCACUGAUUAUCACUUGAACAGGGGAGACACAAAAGCUCUCCACCAACUAUGGAAACAGAGGCAACUGAUGGAUAUUCUGCAAGUAAUGGAGACUGCUCUCCCAGGAAGACAGAGAACUCUAGAAUGUUGGUGGACCUGUCGGCAAACACACCCAAUGCACAGCAGCCCCAGGGUCCUUAUUCACCGACUGAACACACCAUCAAACAAGAAGAAGAGACAGAAUAUGAAAGGGACAGGAGGACCACAGCUGAGGAUAUGGGACAAAGUGGGGAAGAGGAAUCGGGAUUGGAAGAGCCCAUAAUUGACAGACCAAACAACCUACAGGAUGGGGUCCCUGGGUCAGAUGGGUCAUGUGACCCAGGAACUCAGCUGCCCAAUGGUGAUAGGCCGUUCCAGUGUAACCAGUGUGGUGUGUCGUUCACUCAGAAGGGCAAUCUGUUGAGACACAUCAAACUGCACACGGGGGAGAAGCCCUUCAAAUGCCCCUUCUGCAGCUACGCCUGCCGCCGUCGUGACGCACUCACAGGCCACCUACGCACACACUCAGUGGGUAAACCACACAAGUGUGACUACUGUGGGCGGAGCUACAAACAGAGGACAUCAUUGGAGGAGCAUAAAGAGCGCUGCCAUAACUACCUUGAGAGUGCUGGCAUGGAUCCCACCUCCGUCACUGGGCCUUAUCCAGGUGAGGUCCCUAAAGAGCAGAGGCCCCUGGCUGAGGCCGCUGCCAUGGCAACAUUAAACCGGCCACCUGUCAUUGAGAAACUGCAGAGUAAUGUAGGGAAGAGGAAGAGUACCACUCCACAGAAGUUUGUGGGUGAGAAGAUGAUGCGUUACAGUUACCCAGAGCUGAGCUAUGAGAUGGGUCUGAAGUAUGAGAAGGAGGCAGAGCUGAUGCAGGCUCACAUGAUGGACCAGGCUAUCAACAACGCCAUCUCUUACCUGGGCUCUGACUCCCUGAGACCCCUGGUCCACCAUCCCCACCCCCAUGGUCCCCACGGUCCACAGCCGUCUCUUUCUAUGGCCGAGGUGGUACCCAUGGUCAACCCCCUCUUCCACCACGUCUACCCUCUGGGGUCAGGGCUGCGUAUGGACCGACCAGGUGGCCGCGACGCCCCACCUCAUCCUUCACCUCUGCCCCCUCCUCCCCCUGACUUCCAUCCUUCCUCCAACGGGCCCAUCUCCCUCACCAGACCCAAGCAGCACCACCCACAGGGUACCAGAGAGGAAAAAGAGUCUCCUAGCAACAGUGGGCUGGACUCGGCCGACUCUGCCCGGAGCAGCCCACAGGAUAGGCUGGGUUACCAUUGGAACAACCCCCACCACCGUCCCAGAUCCAACCCAGCAUAUGGCGGCAGAGAGGAGGGGCGAGGCGUGGCUGAGGUGGCCCAGGGAGUGGCUGCAGAGAGGCCUAUAAGUCGGGAAGGGGUGCGUGUGUUUGGGCGAGAGGGGCGGAAGAUGAGGGUGUUCCAGUGUGAACACUGCCACAUUCUCUUCCUGGACCACGUCAUGUACACCAUCCACAUGGGUUGUCAUGGUUACAGGGACCCGCUGGAGUGCAACAUCUGUGGCCACCGCAGUAAGGACCGCUAUGAAUUCUCAUCUCACAUCAUCCGCGGGGAACACACCUUCAACUAGAGGGGUGGACUGGACAGGAGCCACCACUGGUCCCCGCCCCAUCCCACCUCAGGACAGUGAUGUUGAACUAACUGUGUGUGGUCAAUGCAACCAACUAGGAGAGAGAGAACUAACCAACAUUUGCUGCAGCAUAAUGAUACUAGCUAUAUAUCAUUCCAAACAAAUAUAUGAAGGUCUGGGCCAAAUACACAUUUGAAUUGUGCAAGGUGUUUUGAAGAAUUUGAGGUUGAGAUAUAUAUCUCAAGUGAGGGAUUUUUUUGGGGAGUGAAGAUGAUCACAAAGAAGUAGUACACCUAGACAGUUUUGUCAUGGUGUGUCUCAGAUUGUCACAGAGCAGCUAAUACUGUGAGUAGUUCGAUUAUAGUUUAUCCCUGUUCCUUUCUUUCUGAAUAAUGUACUGUUGGACUUGUUCGUUGCCACAUAGACUGCCAUGUAAGGUCUCAACUUAUCAAGGGGGCUUUCCCUGACCCCACCAACUGAACCAUACUUUAGAAUAUAAUAUUCUUUCUUGCAACAGACUGUAUAUCUUCUCUGUCUUUCUAACUGCUAACUGCACAGGCGUGUUGUCACACUAGCCACAUUAAAGAAUUACAUUUUCUGCAGAGGGAAAGAGAAAAGUGAGAGAGAAAGAGAGAGGGCCAGAAAGAAAAGGAGAGAGACAAAAAAAAGAGAAAUAUGGAAGAAAGUGAGGGAGAGGGAGAAAGAGAUGAGAGAGA